AUGUUGUCCCUGGCUCGCACUUCUCGGGCCAGAGCCGCGGCAUCGGCAAAGGCUCAAGCUACUAAAGCCGUGGCUUAUCGCACCGCUCACACAGCAGCGACAUACGGCUCUUCAAGGAGACAAAAGCAGCAGAAGCCAGAAUCAGAGACGGAAUACAGACCGCAGCAGAGAAGGAUCUUGGCCAAGGAAGCUGGGCCACAGCAGACUUCGGCGGCGCGGUACUGGCCUAAGCUGGAGAUUCCGAGGGAAGCCAAGCGCUUCACUUUCCUCGAUGAGACGGCCAAGAGGGGGCCCACGAAGGUUGCUUGGACGGACAGGUUUCUCUUUGUGGAGGAUCCGGAGACGGAGAAUGGGAGACGGGCGCUGAAGCCGGCGACGUUGAGGGAUAGUUGCGCUUGUCCGCGGUGCAGAGACACUUCAUCCGGCCAGAAGACGUAUUCCUCCGUCGAGAUCCCCGUGGAUAUCGGCCUGCAGAAUGUCAAGCCUACGAAAAAGGGGCUGGAAAUCACCUUUUUGCGCGACAUCCCGCGGUUUGUUGAAGAUGAAAGCAAGCCUCACGUCAUGCUUCUGCCGUGGGAUUCCGUCGAUUUGUCGCUUAAGAGAAAAGGCAUGGAAGACGUCACACUGCCUCGUCAACGAUCUGUCCUGCGUCGUACGGGAGUCGUAUAUUGGGACCGCGAGACCAUCGCCCAGCAAGUCCGGCGCAUCGACUACGCCGAGUUCAUGAAGGACGACAGCGAGGCCUUUUGGGACGUCAUCAUCGACAUUUGUCGCUUCGGACUGGUGUACCUCAAGAACGUGCCCCGGGACGAAGACUCCAUCGUGCGAAUCACAACCCGCAUCGCAAACAUCCGCGAGACAUUCUACGGCCGCACAUUCGACGUCCGCGCGAAACCAAACGCCGAAAACGUCGCUUACACGAGCGGUUUUCUCGGUCUGCACCAGGAUUUGUUGUAUCUCGACCCGCCGCCCAUGAUCCAAGUCCUGCACUGCAUGGACAACUCCUGCGCAGGCGGCGAAUCCCUCUUCAGCGACGGCGAGCGCGUCGGCCGCCUCCUCUGGCCGUUCCUCACGAGACACCGCAUGGCCCCCCUGGCAGAACACCACGUCCCCUACCAGUACGGCAAAAACGGCUAUCACUACUUCUCCUCGCGCCGCGUCAUCGACGGCAACGACGCGGGCUUCACAAACGUCUUCUGGUCGCCCCCCUUCCAGGGCCGCUACCUCAGCCCCGUCAAGGACAUCCGCCGCUGGAUCGAGCCCGCUAGCAUCUUCGCCUCGCUGAUCAACGACCGGGACGCCAUCCACGAGCAAAAGAUGGAGCCGGGGGAGUGUGUGCUGUUCGACAACCUGCGCGUGCUGCACGGCCGCAAUGCCUUUGACGCUGCUGGCGGAGGGGCGAGGUGGCUCAGGGGAGCGUACAUUGCCGCCGAGGAUUUUCUGUCGAGGGCAGCCCAUAUACCCAAGGGAUUGGCGGAAAAGUAUCGUGGGGAGAGGCCGUGGGCGCCGGCGCUGGCGCAGAAGGCGUUGAGGGAGACGAAGUGGCAUGAGGAUGUUGUAAGGAGGAUCAAGGAGAUUGAUCCGGCGUUGGAGGACUGA